CAUAAAUAAAUAAAUAAAUGACGAUAUUAGUAGUAGUAAUAAUAGGUCUAAAUAAAAUAAAUAAUAAAUAAAACAUAAAAAUAAAUCAUAAAUAAAUAAAACUUUUUUAUAUCAAUCCAAAAGUCCUCUAAGAUCCUAUUGGGUGAACUGAAAUUUCGCAGACUUCAGGUUUGUCAGACCUUAUUUGAUUUGCAGAGAGAGAGAGAGAGGAAAGGAGAUGAUAGAGUAGAGAUACAGCAAGAGAGAGAGAGAAAGAGAAAGCGAGAGAGGGGGAUACAUGUCUGUCUCUGUUGUGCUGUGUGUGUUUUGGUUUUGGUUCCUCUUGUGGAACGGAACGCGGCGCGCGCACGCGUGAAAUCAGACGCGUUGAAUGAGCGGCGCGGGGCGGAUCAUCAUUGAUGGAGGAAAGCAAACGCUGAUGCUGCCAUGGGCUCCGAAUCUCUCCACGACUGUCUGCGUAAGACGCUUCACAUCUGUUAUCCGUGGACGGUGUCUGGGCGUCCUCAGACGGAUGGAGAUCAACGCCCGCUUCCGCUAUUACUUUCAGCACCCGUGGUCUCGUCUGGUCGUGGCCUACCUGGUCACCUUCUUCAACUUCCUGAUCUUCGCAGAGGACCCGGUGUCGCACAGCCAGACGGAAGCUCACAUGAUCGUGGUGGGAAACUGCUUCUCGUUCGUGGUGAAUAAAUAUCCUGGAGGAGGAUGGAACGUCCUUAAAGUCCUGAUGUGGCUCAUCGCCAUAAUCACGGGCCUCAUCGCCGGAAAGUUCCUGUUCCAUCGACGCUUGUUCGGUCGUCUCCUGCGUCUGAAGAUGUUUCGUGAGGACCACGGCUCUUGGAUGACCAUGUUUUUCAGCACGAUUCUCUCGCUCUUCAUCUUCUCCCACAUCUAUAACCUCAUUCUGCUCAUGAGCGGACGGAUGGGACCUCACAUGGUGACAGAGUACAUGGGCAUCAGGAACGAAAGCUUUAUGAAGAUGGCUGCUGUAGGAACGUGGAUGGGUGAUUUUGUAACAGCGUGGAUGGUAACAGACAUGAUGCUGCAGGACACUCAUUACCCGGACUGGGGCCGGACCGCCAGGCACUUGUGGAGGCAGGGGCACAACCGCAUCGUGCUCUUCUGGGCGGUGUUGAUCUCUCUGACGUCUGUGGUGGUUCUGGUCAUCAGUACGGACUGGAUCAGGUGGGAUAACCUGAACCGUGGCUUCCUGCCGAGCGACGAGGUCUCCAGAGCUUUCCUGGCCUCCUUCAUCCUGGUCUUUGACCUCCUCAUCGUCAUGCAGGACUGGGAGUUUCCUCACUUCAUGGGCGACCUGGACAUGAACCUCCCGGGCCUCUCCACCACACAGCUGAAGAUCAGACUGCCCGUGUGCAAGCGCAUUUUUAAAGACGAGUACCACAUUCACAUCACCGGGAAAUGGUUUAAUUACGGAAUCAUCUUCCUGGUCCUCAUCCUGGACCUCAACAUGUGGAAGAACCAGAUCUUCUACAAGCCCUAUGAAUACGGUCAAUAUGUAGGUCCAGGAGAGAAGAUCUACACCGUGGAGGAUCCGGAGACACUGCGCGACUUCAACCGCAGCACGCUCACCUGGGAGUGGCGCUCCACCAACAUCGACCCCCGCACCAACCGCACGUACGUCCAGAGAGACAUGUUCCUCCACAGCCGCUACGUGGGCUCCAGUCUAGACGUCAAAUGCCUGGCGUUCAUCCCAAGUCUGGCAGCCUUCGUGCUCUUCGGGUUCUUCAUCUGGCUGUUCGGACGCUUCCAAGACAGCGAGACGUUCCCUGAAAACCAAGACAAGACCUACGAGCGCAUCAAGCGCAAGUCACCGUCCGAUCUGGGAGUCACGCCGGAGGAAGUGCACAUCACCAUGAGUGAGGCCUUGAAAAGGAGCGGGACGCCCAUGCUGCUUCUAGUGGACACUCAUCAUUUCGGGUCAUCGAACAACUCCAUGUCGCCGUGUUCGAACGAGACCCAGGAGACCCAGCCCAGUGUAGCCGUCGACAGCGGAGCCCAUGAGGACACAGCUGAUGUCAAAAAGCUGACCCCGUGACCGUAGCCAAAGGUCAAAUCGACUUUUUUGAGAUCUUCAGUGUUGUUUGAUGUUGACUGGCGUUUGAAGUCCUCUGAAAGCUAUCACAGACUUUGAAAUUUCUAUUUUUAUAUCAAGCGAUCUUGCACUGCGCACCAACUUUCUGAACUCAAACUUUUCCACGUCCCUCAAGGACUUUGGUCUAUGGUGCUGGAUGUUUGAUUUUUCUAUCUGUCUUUUUUUAUGUAGAUACUCUUGUGCCUACUUGGAUGAUAUACUGUCCUCACAGUGAACGCAUGGCAUGAUGGUCAUGAUAAUACUCGUAAAAAUACACCUAAAGCUGUGCCUUCAUUAAAUAAACCUUGAAGGCAGUGCUGGGUAGAUUACUUAUUGUAAAUUGCAAUGAUUCCAAAUUACAUGACAAAAAUUGUAGUUAGUAACGUAAUCCAUUACAUGAAACUUUUCGGUAAUGUAAUCAGAUUACUUUUAGAUUACUUUUGAUCACAUUGAUUUAAAUAGCAUAACCUUGUACCAUAUUGACAUAAAAAUGCAAAUAUAUUCCAUUUGUUGUUAUAAACAGCAUGAAAUGUAACUGCAGGGGGUUUGUGAGUUUCACUGCUAUUGUGUGGAUAUUUAAUCAUGUAAUCAUUAAAAACGUAACUGUAGUCUGAUUACAAAUGUAAUACAAUCUAAUUACAGUAAUCCAGAUCACAUGUAAUCAGUUACUACCCAGCACUGAUAGCAGGUUACAGAAGAUGGUGUCGAAUCAUUAUCCGUUGAGCUAUUUAUCAGUUAUUUAGACACCAAACUGCUGUGCGACCAAAUACGUUCACAUGCAUGUAUUGGAAAAAUCUGAUUUGAGAAGUAGAAGUAGAAUAUAUGCACUUGUUACUUCGUUAGGUUCAGCCGAUGCAAAAACCGUUUCCUUUGUCUUUUAUACGUGUGUUGCUUUGAAAUCUUCACCGCAGUGUUUUGUUUUCCCAUCAUGCAACCGCGUUGGUCCUGUGUGUUUUUUCUGAUGAGCAGGUGAGCCCCUCUUAAAAUGUUUGGAGGGUAAAUAUCAGCUAUAUUUGCGUCAAACCCUGUUAUCAAUAAAGACCUUCUUUUGACAUGCAGGUACCGUGUUAUUUGAGCAGUUGCAUGGUAUCGGUGGAAAUGGUUCCUUUCAUAUCAAGAGGCUUCCAAAGUGGCGCUAGUCGCCGGUAGUUGUGGUCCAGCUUGACCUUGUUGCCAAGCAACCUCCGAAGGCCACCCUGCAUCCAGAUGUCGAUCCGGUUCUGCAGAAAGUGGCAAUCAAACACAUUUAUAGGAACAUUUGGUAAACAGCCAUUAGGCACCAUUACGGGUCAAAGCACAAGGGUUAUAAAAGCAUUUUUCACCAAAGGUGAUAUAUUAAAGCUUUCAGAAAUCUGCAUGCGACAUGUUACCGCUUCACAUGUGGCCACUUUCUGUGUUUGUUCCUGCGGCGAGAAGUGUAAAAGUUUCUUUAAAGACAUUUCAGUUCAUAAUAGAUCCUAUUUUAUUGCUUCUGAAGUUGGUCGACUGCCUUUCUAAAGCGCUGCGCUUUGACAUGAUUAUUCUCAAUCUUUUCCGUGCAAUAGGUGUAAACCUGAAAUUUCUUGCUGUGUUUGCACGGCUUUCAGUCUCCACACAACGUAAUUCAUUCGUGAGGGAAUCUGGACCGCGCUUGACUGUUGCUGUUGUUGUUGCGGAUGUGGCAAAACGUCCGUGUGUCAUGCGGCGUUUGAUGCUGGUAAAUCUGUUCCUCACCCUACGACUGUAAGUUCAUCCCUAACUUUCAAUAUCUGUGAUCAUGGAGAGAAAUUAGCUAUUGAUUUCCCUGCAGUGCACAGACAGACCUGCAGUGCUGUAUUAGCAGAGGAAGGUGAAGGGGAAAAUGACACAAAAAUUAACCCCUGAUAACCUACAGCUGAAUACUGUAAGUAACAAUCUCUGUCAGGAACAGUUCACACACAGUGUGCAAUUAUUAAAGCAGUUGUUUCUAAUGUAUAUGUGUGGCAGACAAUAUUAUGUGAAUUUGAGGCCUAAUUACGUUUAUCAACAAAGAGAUUAAAUCAUUAUAUGUGUGAAAUUACAAACAAAGAUGGAUUUUAAUGACCACAUUUACA